AUGUUGCUCUGUCUUGCAGCCCUACCCAAUCUUCAAACCCUCCAUUUCCGAAACGGCGAUAUUGAGCACAUGGGCGAUGACGUCGAAAAGCUGAGCGAUAAAACCCCUUCGCGAACGUUCCCUUCCUUGCGAAUAAUUGAUAUGACAACAGUCCAGCUCCCAAGCUGCACAAAUCCAAUUUCAAGGGUUCGGUCAUCUCGCGUCUCGCAAAUACGCAUCCACGUGGAAGAUAAAACACUGGCCAAAACGAUAGAAGAGUUUUUUGCGUCACUUGCUAUUCAUUCUUCACGUUCCGCCAUUCAGCUGCUCAAGCUGAAUUUUUCCCAAUCUGGCGAAAAUGAUGCUAACUACGCGGUCACCGCACAAACAUUCGCGCCUCUCCUCGGCCUCAACUUAAGGUCACUCCACAUUGACGGCUGCUCGAUGGAGCUGGACAGCGACCUCGUGCGUUUGAUGGCCGAGUCAUGGCCGAGACUCUAUCGUCUAGAACUGGGCGUAAACCAUAGUCCUACACCAAGUCUCCCCGUGACAUUAGGAGGACUUGUCCCUCUGGUGCAGAAUUGCCCAAAUCUCGCCUUUGUCGGCCUAGCCCUUGACACGACCAUCAACAAGCAGUCAUCGACAGUCGACGACCCCAUCCCGGUGGCGAGUUUUUUGCCUGAUAUUUUUCCCAAUGUCCGAUACAUUGGUUCAACGUGGCCCAGUGAAGAUACUAUCGAAGAGGAUGAUGAAGAUGUAUCGGACUCAGAAUUUGAGAUGCACGAUCGUUGGGACGAAGUGUUGAGGCUUACCCAGGAGUUCAGCGGGUUCCGUGAGCAGGAGCGGAACCAGAUGCAAGCUGAUGCACCAGCUCGUUCUGCGAAUAGCCGCAAAGCCUCGGACUAG